AGAAUGGGAUUCUGGAACCUGGCAAUCAGAAUUAUUUUUUUAUCACAAACUACAACUGGAAUUCUUGGAAAUUUCUCUCUAAUUUUCUACUACCUGCUCCUUUACUACAAAAAAUGCACAUUAAAGCACACAGAUUGGAUUCUUGUGCACCUAAUGGCAGCCAAUGCCUUGAUCAUUCUCUCAGCAGGAGUGCCCCAAACAGUAGCACUUUGGGGAUUCAAACAUUUUUUGAAUGAUGUUGGAUGCAAGCUGCUAUUGUACUUUCAAGGGUUUUCUAGGAGUGUUUCCAUUGGGACCACCUGCCUCUUGAGUGUCUUUCAGGCCUUGACCAUUAGUCCCAGGAAUUCCUGUUGGAAGGAUUAUAAAAUCAAAGUUGAAAAGAGCAUUGGCUGCCACAUUUCUCUCCUCUGGAUACUGUACAUGUCGGUAAAUUCCAUUCAUUUUGCAUACACGCUUGUCAACAGGAAAAGCAACAAUGUGACAAGAAAAUGGGAUUUGGGAUACUGCCGCGCUGUAGGUUUGAGUGAAAUUGGUGGUUCGCUCUAUGCAGCAUUUGUCGUGUGCCCUGAAGUCAUCUUUUCUGUGUUUAUGGUCUGGUCUAGUGGAUCCAUGGUUCUCAUUCUGUAUAAACACAAACAGAGGGUUCAAUAUAUUCAUAGUUCUUGCAGAACCUUCCCUGAGUCCAGAGCCACCCAGAACAUUCUGAUCUUACUGUCAACCUUUCUGAUUUUUUAUACAUUCUCCUCCAUCUUCAGAGGCUACACUGCUGUUUUGUAUAAUCAAAAUUGGUGGCUCAAGAACAUUAAUGACUUUGUUUCCCUCUGUUUCCCAUCAUUUGUACCCAUUAUCCUUAUCUAUCAUUCCUCUAUUUUAUCCAAGCUUUGUUUGGGCUGA